UGGAUUUUUCUCUCACCCCAUUUCUAAUUUGAUGCUUCUUAGACCGUUAAUUGAUCUGCAUCCCGCGGCGACCAUUCUUUAAUUUACGAAUUUGUUUUAUUUAUCUUUUCUUUGUAAUUGAUAAUUUUGUUGGGGGUUGGUUGUUUCAAUCGAAACAAAAGGGUCAAGUGCAACUCCAUUUAUAGCCACUCUCUUCUAAAAAGAGUUGCCGUUUCGAGAAAUUGGGAGAUGGCUCCGGUUGGUCCUCGAUCCGGUGAUGCGAUCUUCUCUAGCAUUGAUCGUGUGAAUGCUGAGUUGUUCACGUUGACCUAUGGUGCAAUCGUGCGUCAGUUACUUACUGACCUGGAAGAAGUCGAGGAAGUUAACAAACAGCUUGAUCAAAUGGGGUACAACAUUGGAAUCCGACUUAUCGAUGAGUUUCUAGCCAAAUCUGGUGUUUCCAGAUGCGUUGACUUUAAGGAAACUGCUGAAAUGAUUGCCAAGGUGGGUUUCAAGAUGUUCUUAGGGGUGACUGCAUCAGUGUCAAGCUGGGACGCGGAUGGGACUUGCUGCAGUAUAAUCUUGGAGGACAACCCGCUCGUUGAUUUCGUGGAGCUUCCCGAUACUUGCCAAGGUCUUUACUACUGCAAUGUCUUAAGUGGAGUCAUUAGAGGAGCUUUGGAAAUGGUCUCGAUGAAGACCGAAGUUACAUGGACACGUGAUGUUCUUAGAGGAGAUGAUGCUUAUGAGUUGCAGGUGAAGCUACUGAAACAAGUCGCAGAGGAGUACCCUUACAAGGAUGAUGAAUAAACAAAAUAGCAAUCUUUUAUCUCCUCCCCUCUGCAACAAAGAGACAUUUAAUUACUGUCGUUUGUAGUAUCUUUCUCUUUCUCUGCAUUCUUAGCUUUUUAAGCAAACUAUAAGCUACGAAACUCAAUACCGUGUGAUGAUGUUUUGGUACAAAUCCUACAUUUCUUAGUUUUCUUAUGUGACGAGAGUUAAACCGUAUCAUUGUCAGUACAACAAAAAAACAAUUCUGUA